AUGAAAAUUUCCAUUCAACAUUUUAAUGCUUAAAAUAACGUUCACUGUUAUGAUACCGCUGUUAUUGACUGGGAGUGAAUUCCCCCCUUCGGCAAAAUCGUCAUAAGGAUAGAAUUUUAGUGUUUGUUGGAUAUGUAUGGAAGAUAAUUCUUCUGAAAAUGAACAAGAUUGUCAUGAUGGUGAAGACAGUGUAUCAGGUGUGCGAAGACCCAUGAAUGCUUUCUUUAUCUUUUGUAAACGCCAUAGAGAUAUAGUACGAGAAAAAUAUCCUCAUUUGGAGAAUCGCAGCAUCACAAAGAUUUUAGGAGAAUGGUGGGCAAACUUGGAACCUUCAGAGAAAACAUCAUACACUGCUUUGGCCAAACAGUACAAAGAAGCAUUCAUGAAAGCACACCCUGAUUUUAAAUGGUAUAAAUUGCCUACACCUCCAGCUAGAACACUGGUUACUAGACCUUCGAACAGUAGAAGUGGUCAGGUACAAAAUGAUAAGAACUACCACAAGUCUGGAAAUUGUGGCAUAACUUUAGGAAAAUUAGUCG